CCGCUUGGCAGUAAACCUAGAGGCUGGAGCCUAAGUGCACGCCUCGGUUUUUUUUUUUUAUUCCUGUGUCAAGCAAUGGCGGCGAAGCCAAUAGCCGGCGACGGAUUAACGGAGAACCUGGCCGGAAUGACGAAGAACCAGCUAUAUGACAUUAUGUCUCAGAUGAAGACAUUAAUUGAGCAGAACAAGCUACAAGCAAGAGAGAUCCUCGUCCAGAAUCCUCUCCUAACGAAGGCCCUUUUCCAGGCACAAAUUAUGCUUGGAAUGGUGCAGCCUCCUCAAGUGAUUCCAAAUAUUCAGCCUCCAGCCACACAACCACCUCAGCAAUCAUCACAACCAUCUCAGCAGUCUAACAUUCAGGCUGCACGCUCAUUAGCUGGACAAGUUUUACAGGAUCAAACACUUGCAUCUCAGACCCAACCUCCAAUGAGAAAGCAACAUCAGAAUCAACCUUCAAUAUCAAUGUCUUCUACUUCAGUUUCUCCUCCAAGUCUUCAAUCUCAGCCUAUGCCUUCACACCCUCUACAGACACCACAGUUGGCAAAGGGACAUCCAAACCCACAAGUGACCCCAAUUUCUGUUCCGCAAUCCUCUCAACUUCCAAAUAUACCUCCACCUCUUCAUUCUGCUUCACAGCCACAGCCACUCCACCAACCCCAAAUGCCUACUGUCUCCACUCAGUUGCAACAGCCAUUACGGACUACUGGAAUUGCUCAUCCGCCUUUGCAACCACCAUUGCCUCCCCAAGCUAGACUACCUUCUGUUCCAAGCUUUCAUCAUCAGUGUGGACCACAAAUGGGGCCCAAUGUGGGUUUCCAGCAUUCUGGUGCUCAACAUCCUUUGCAACCCAUGUUUCAUUCUAGUAACAAACCUCAAGCUAGCAUGGGGUCUUCAUUUUCACAGGGACAGCCACCCCUUCCAAAUCAGUUACCACCACUGUAUCAGGGGGGAGGUUCACACUUAGGGCCUGAGUUCAAUAAUCAAGUUGGAAAUUCAAUGCAAGUUGAUAGAGGACCUUCUUGGAUAUCUGGCCCACCAGAGAGCUCAGCAAGGAUACAGCUUCCUGGACCACAGGCAAUGGUUCCUGGUCAGAUCGGCCCUGGCAGUCAGCCCACUCGUGCUGCACCAUUGACUCCUGAGAUGGAGAAAGCGCUACUUCAGCAGGUCAUGAGCCUCACCCCAGAACAGAUUAAUCUCCUACCUCCUGAACAGAGGAAUCAAGUGCUCCAGCUGCAGCAAAUGCUGCGUCAAUGAAGCUAUCUUCCCCAUUCAAAUUGACAGUGUCAGUUGUUGCAGUAUCGUUUCAGGUCAUCUCAGUUGGCAAUUGGUUGGAGGUGAAGAAUCACGCAGAACAUGAAACUGGACAUAGAUAUACCUUUGGAAGAUUUAGACUGAAAGUGUUCAAAAGUUCUAGCUUUGCUUCUGCAAUGCAGCUGAUAGUCUGGAUUUUGAGUUUUAUCGAUGAGAUUGUCCAGGUGGCAGUGAUCUGUAAUUUUUUCAGCCCGGACAAUUUAUCAACUUUUAAGUGGACUUUCUUGAUAUUGACUACGUUCCAACACAGUUUCAGUUCUGUACAA